GGUGCCGAGGUAGCGACAUCUGUUCAGUUUUUUAUCGUGCCGUGCGUAAAUGGCUAGUAAUAAUAACGAAGAAAGAUGGUAUUUUACAAAAGAGCAGCUGGAUAAUUCUCCAUCAAGACAGUGUGGAAUAGAAGCGUACAAAGAAUUAUCUUACAGACAACAGGCUGCAAAUUUUAUCCAGGAUUUGGGGCAAAGACUAAAAGUUUCGCAAUUAUGCAUCAAUACAGCUAUAGUAUAUAUGCAUCGUUUUUACGUUUUCCAUUCCUUCACACACUUCCCAUGGCACUUAAUUGCUUCCGCAGCCCUAUUUCUAGCGGCAAAAGUUGAAGAACAACCACGGAAACUGGAGCACGUUAUUCGAGUAGCAAAUCUAUGUAAAAAUCCCCGAGACACCACAUUUGAUACUACUUCAGAAAGGUACCUGGCCCAAUCGCAAGACUUGGUAUUUAAUGAAAAUGUACUGUUACAAACUUUAGGUUUCGAUGUAGCAAUUGAUCAUCCAAACACACACGUUGUAAAAUGUUGUCACUUAGUUAGAGCUAGUAAAGAUUUAGCCCAGACUUCCUAUUUUAUGGCUAGUAACAGUCUUCACUUAACAACAAUGUGUUUGCAAUAUAAACCAACAGUAGUAGCAUGCUUUUGUAUUCAUUUGGCAUGUAAAUGGUCUAAUUGGGAAAUACCCCUUUCAAACGAAAAGAAAGAAUGGUUUUCUUAUGUGGAUCCAACUGUAACUGCAGAACUGCUGCAGCAACUUACGGAAGAGUUUUUGGUAAUUUUUGAAAGAUGCCCUUCAAGACUAAAAGAAAAAAUAAGAUUAGUAGGAGAUGGGCAAAUGGCUCACCAUCCAUCUCCACCACUUGUAAGUGUUAGAUGUGUGUUUCCUCCCAACAUUUUAAAAAAACUUCUUCAAAAUUUUCAGGAGGACGAGAAAAGAGUCGCAAUAUUUAUGCCACCUGAACAAAAAGAGCCGCAUUCUCAUCGAUCUCACCAUCUCGACUCAAAAACAUCAAAAGUUGAUGAUCCUUACAAACGAACACAAAAACUUCCUCAUGAUGCAAGUUCGAGUAAUCAAAGGGACCGCGAGAAAGAAAGGGAGUACAGGGAGAGAAAAGAAAGAGAACGAAUGGCCGGUAAAUACCCUGUUUCGAUGAGUGUGAGCGGUAAUAAGCACAUGCCUCCACCCCAUGGGCAUCAUUCCCAUAUGACGUCAACAGACGUUAAAAUGAAAGUUCACGGCCGAGCACCUCAUCAAUCGUCUUCAGGUCAUCAGAACUUAACACGGGUGGAUGGUAAAAAUGUUCCUCGAGAAAUGUUCGUAAAAGAACACGGCAGGGAAAUGGGCAACGAAACCAUUAACAGAGACGUUUCCAAGGAAACACCGUAUAAUCCUGGUGAUAAAGACUUUCAGAAACAACAACGCGAUAAUGUUAGUCAGAGACAUGAUGUGAAAUCAAUCAUAGCGAAUGACGUAAAUUGUGAUGUUAACUUGAACGAUUCGCGUAUUAGUUUUAAUAGUGAAAAAAGGUUGGACGUGUCGCGAACGUCUGUUAAAGUGCCCGUCGAUUCAAAGUUGUCUAUGAACAAACAAGAGUUUGCGCGUAAACGUGAAGAACUUAAAACUAAUAUUAAACUGGAAACCGAUAUCAAGAGACAUUUAAGUAGUGAAUAUCUCGAUAAAAACAGUAGUCUCCUAGAUAAUUCGCAAAAAGUUAAAUCUCCGCUCGUUUCAGAUUUCUCCAAUAAAAUGGCUCCUAAUCAGGGCUUGGUCAAAAUUGAAAAUUCAUCAUUUAACAAUGCUAAUAAAAACAGUUUUAAUUCGUUACCAUCUCUUCUAGACGUUCCAGAUAUUAAGACGGACGUUCCAGAAAAAGAUAUCCAUUUACCCAUUAAAAGGCCGAGCUUAUUCUCUCCAGAAGCAUCUCCCCCUAAAAGUCGUAUUAAAACACCUCCCUCCUCCAGUAAUUCGGUACUAGAUAUACCUAAAAUGCACCCUCCUCAGGAACCUCCAAAACCGUCAACCAGUAGUAAGAGGAGUAGAACAUCGAGUAGCAGUUCAGAACCAGAACUUAGACCUGUGAUGAAGAAAAUCGAUCAAGUUGAGGGUUUUGAAAAUCUGAUGCGCGAUUCUUCAAUAGGACUAAAAUUACAAGUGCCGGACAUUAUUACUCCGAUAACUGAAAGAUCCGACGUUCAUCCUUCAAUAGCCAAAGACAUGAAACCACCUGACUUAAUACUGCCGUUUCCUAAACCUAAUACAGUCACUAGUACUGCAGCAGUAGUUAAUUCACACCCGUUGGUCAACGGUAUAGAAACGAAUCCAACGCUUAUAAGUAAUCUCUUAAAAGAAGCGCCAACGAUACCACACUUGCAAACGGUCACUAUUCCGGCACAGUCAGAUCAGGUAAUUAUAAAUACUGAUUCUAAAGAAAAAGAUCGUGAACACCACAAAGAAAGGAAAAAGAACAAAAAAGAAAAGCACAAGCACAAAGAUAAAUCAAAAGAAGAGAAAGAAAAGAAAAAGAAGCACAAGGAUAAAGAUAAGGAAAAGCACAAACACAAGCAUGAGAAUCCAACAACGAUCACUACUGCUACGGAAGUUGUUGCCCAACCAAUAAAAAUUACAAUUUCUAAAGACAAAAUUCAGCCUCCAGAAAACCUACCGACUAGUUCCGGUCUUAAAAUAAAGAUACCAAAGGACAGGAUUAAAACUGAGUCUCUGGAAAAUUCAACUCAGAAUUCACCUGGCGAAUUGAAGAUUAGAAUAUCAAAAGGCUUCAUUAAUUUUCCUAACGACAAUAUCAAGAAGAGGGAACGAGACAAGAGUGCAUCAGGUGCUGCUGGUGCUGGUAGUAGUGGCAAUGGUGGACCUCCGUCGAAAAUGUCUAGAUCGAACCAUGGACGUCUAAGCGGAGAGCCUAAGCAAAAUGGGAGAAAUUCAUACAACAGCAACAAGAUAACUCAGAUCGUUGAAGGCAAUCCUCACAAGCUGGCCGAGCCGAAAUGUAAUAAGGAAGCAUCCGCAUAGCUGAAUUCUUAAAAAUAUCCAUGUGUUUUUAGUUUAACGUAUUUUAAUAUAGAAAUGUAUUUUUUAAGUUUUCUUUGUAAAUAUUACACACCACAUACAGAUGUUCUCGUUUAUAAAAGAAAAACGACAUAACUGCAAUUAAAAAAAUGAUCAAACUUAUUUAUAAAUAAACGGAAUAAUAUUUAAAAAAUUAAUUAUUAUAAUAAUCAGUGAUUCAAUCGUUACGUUUCAAUAGUACUUAGGUUAAACUAAUUUUUAACGCUUGUUUAACUAGAUUAUUCUUAAACAAGUGCUUAUGAUAGAAACUUUUAAAAGACUACUUAUGAGUAAUAGUUGCCAAAAAAUAUAAUGCACGUAUGUUCACGAAAUAGGCUUAUUAAAUUAAAUAUAUACUAAACCAGAGUUGUCUAAAUAAAAAAAAAACGUAACUAAGUUUAAAUGCAUUUGAAGACUAUUAUUUCAAAUUGUUAUUUAGUUUAUGCAUUAUAAAAUCUGUUUUAAGACCUUUACAAAGUAGUUAAUGUUAAUAGAUUGUAAACAUUGUGGAAAAAGAAAUAGUUUUCCAAAUUCGAAUUUUUAAUGUGAUUUUUAAUUUUCAGGAAACAUGUCAAAACCUCAAAACGAAUCUUAGUUUAAACAUUUAUAAUUGUAAGAAACCUCAUCAUGUUUGUAAAUAUCAAUUUUUUACUUGUUAUUGUAUUCUGUUGCAAAUAUUAAAGAAUAUAUUUGUGAAAAACUAUAUUUAUACCCUUUCAUUCAGUAAUGCAAUUGGAUUCGAUUUUUUCUUCAAUUCCUUAAAUUUUAUUCAGAAAAUAAAUUACUUAACAAACUAUUUUUUUUUAAUCUUUUUUGAUAC